AUGCGUGAUCCGGUCUUAAAGUCUCCCCCCGUCUUUCCCGGUCUUCCCUGGUCUCCUUCGGUCUCCCCUGGUCUCCCCCGGUCUACCCCGGUCUUCCCCGGUCUCCCUCGGUCUUCCCCGGUCUCCCCCGGUCUUCCCCGGUCUCCCUCGGUCUUCCCCGGUCUACUCCGUUAUCCCCCGGUUUCCCCGGUCUACUCCGGUCUUCCCCGAUCUUCCCCGAUCUUCCCCGGUCUCCACCGGUCUUCCCUGGUCUACCCUGGUCUACCCUGGUCUCCCCCGGUCUCCCCCGGUCUCCCCUGGUCUCCCUUGGUACCCCGGUCUCCCCCAGGACCAGCUCGGGUCACUAGGCAGGAUUGGCAAAUGCUAGGAGUGCCAGGUUUUUCUUUUAGCUGCAGCACAUUUCUCACAGCUCCACACCAGGAGCGGCCCAUUAUAACCACAGCUCCACACCAGGAGCGGCCCAUUAUAACCACAGCUCUACACCAGGAGCGGCCCAUUAUAACCACAGCUCCACACCAGGAGCGGCCCAUUAUAACCACAGCUCCACACCAGGAGCGGCCCAUUAUAACCACAGCUCCACACCAGGAGCGGCCCAUUAUAACCACAGCUCUACACCAGGAGGGGCCCAUUAUAACCACAGCUCCACACCAGGAGGGGCCCAUUAUAACCACAGCUCCACACCAGGAGCGGCCCAUUAUAACCACAGCUCCACACCAGGAGCGGCCCAUUAUAACCACAGCUCCACACCAGGAGCGGCCCAUUAUAACCACAGCUCUACACCAGGAGCGGCCCAUUAUAACCACAGCUCUACACCAGGAGCGGCCCAUUAUAACCACAGCUCCACACCAGGAGCGGCCCAUUAUAACCACAGCUCUACACCAGGAGCGGCCCAUUAUAACCACAGCUCCACACCAGGAGCGGCCCAUUAUAACCACAGCUCUACACCAGGAGCGGCCCAUUAUAACCACAGCUCUACACCAGGAGCGGCCCAUUAUAACCACAGCUCCACACCAGGAGCGGCCCAUUAUAACCACAGCUCCACACCAGGAGCGGCCCAUUAUAACCACAGCUCCACACCAGGAGCGGCCCAUUAUAACCACAGCUCCACACCAGGAGCGGCCCAUUAUAACCACAGCUCCACACCAGGAGCGGCCCAUUAUAACCACAGCUUGUAACCGGUCAGCGCUGUGCAGAUGCACCGGAGCGGCUGUUAGACUCACUCACUAA